UUACAUUCAGGAAGUGAUUCUCGGCAAUGUGAAAGAAAUGCUUCCAGACGUUUGCAAAGUGAUAUACCAUCCAUGGCGGGACAACUGAAGCGUUUGAAGGACGCAGUGAAGAUCAUAGGGUCCGGCAGCGUCCUGUUUGUCUCCUACCUCACUGCUGUGGGAGAUGAGCGCUUCUACACCAACCAGCUUAUGCCCUUGCUGCAGAGGAUUGUGGGAGCAGAGACAGCCCAUGUCAUGGCUGUGAGGUUAAUCGGCCUAGGUCUGGUGCCUCUGAACCGCUACCAGGACCCAGUAUCACUGGAAGUGAAUGUCAUGGGCUGUAAAUUCAAGAACCCCAUAGGGAUCGCAGCAGGAUUUGACAAGCAUGGGGAGGCUGUUGACGGGCUUUAUAGACUAGGCUUUGGCUUCGUGGAGGUGGGGACCAUCACCCCCAAACCCCAGGAGGGGAACCCCAAACCACGUGUGUUCAGACUGACCACUGACCAGGCGGUCAUCAACCGAUAUGGGUUCAACAGCUGUGGUCUUGCAGCAGCACGGGAGAGACUAAAGGCAAGAGAAGGCACCCAGGUAGAGCUGACUAAAGCUGGCCUGCCCCUGGGCAUCAACCUGGGAAAGAACAAGCUGUCGCAGGACGCAGCGGCAGACUACCUGGAGGGGGUGCGGACGCUGGGCCCUCUGGCUGAUUACCUAGUGGUGAACGUGAGCAGCCCCAACACCCCAGGCCUCAGGGACCUGCAGGGGAAAGGGGAACUGCGACAACUGCUGUACAAGGUGCUGAAGGAGCGUGAUGCCCUACAGGGGGGGAGCAGGCCACCUGUACUGGUAAAGAUUGCCCCUGACCUCACCUCCCAGGAUAAGCAGGACAUUGCUGAUGUGGUCACAGGGCUUGGUGUGGAUGGGCUGUUGGUCUCCAACACUACAGUAUCCAGGCCUGAGACUCUACAGGACCCCCAGAGUAAAGAGGUGGGAGGGUUGAGCGGCCAGCCCAUCAAGGAGCUCUCUACAUGCACUGUGAGAGAGAUGUACAGCUUGACAAAAGGUAAGGUGCCAAUCAUUGGAGUUGGGGGUGUAGCCAGUGGACAAGAUGCCCUGGACAAGAUCUGUGCUGGAGCCUCAUUGGUCCAGUUGUACACGUCUUUAACCUAUCAUGGUCCACCAGUUAUCACCAAAAUCAAAAGGGAACUAGAACAGCUUUUAAAAGAACAAGGAUUUGCAAGCAUUUCGGAUGCUGUUGGAGCUGACCAUAGAGGAGCCGAGGGGAGAUGAACAACAGCCUAGUUAGGAACAAUGAUCAAGGCUCUGAGUGUCAGUAUCAGUCAGCUCUACAGGUUUGACUGAUUACACUACAGUUUCCUGCCUUUACUUGAAGUCUAUAGUACAUGGAGUGGCUUGCCUGAUCAAUUCAUGUAACGACUGCCGAGAAUGAUAUCUGUUCACACAAAUAUAACAGCAGUAUUGGGAACCUGCCCCAUUUCACGGUUCUUAUUGGUUAUUGGUUAUUGGGCAAUGUAACCGUAAGAAUGGUUAAGUGCUAAAUGAUACCAAAGUGCUAACAGUAUUUUGACACUAGCAGUCACGUCAUGUGUAAUGUAUGUAAAAAAAAAAUUUUAAACGUUUUUUUUAAAUUAUGUAAAUAUGUGUGCUUUUCAUAAAUACUGUGUGCUGCUAUUUAUAGAACUAUGUGACCAUAGAAAUUGAACAUUUGUUCACAAAUAACUUCCAUUCAAAGUGCGUAACUUCACGUCUCUUGUAAAUCGCUCAACUGCAUAAUGGAGACCUCGUCUGAAAUUAGUGCUGAUCACCUAGUAAUGAGCAGAAUGACAAUUACCUGACAAUUACCAUUUAGCCUUGCUGCAGUAGUCAGUUAAACACUGAGGAAAUAUAACAGCGUUGACAUUUAAAGAAAGGGCAAUGGCACAAUUACUUGCCAAAUGUCAGCAGGCUUUAAUUACACAUGAUCCCACUGUAAGAUGGUAAAACUUAACUCUCAGCAGUAUAACUGAGGAGAAGUGUACCAUAACAAGCUGACAAAGAGGACCAAGUCCAACCGGAUGCACUAAUAGUUAUCUUAUUUCUGACCUGUUACAUACAUUGAACUGCCUCCUGUUAUGAGUGUAAUGUCAAGGGGGUACUAAAUGGAUGUUAACGCAUGUACAUUAAACUAUAUAGUUGACCUAUUUGAGGAACAUGAACCUUUGAGUAUACGCCUCAGGCAAGAAUAAAAGUGCAUUUAAAUUAUGUCUUGACUGUCCAUAACCUAUUUAGGCAGGGGAAACGCUGUUGAUAUUGAGGGUUUAUCGGAACCAGUCUGUACUCUCCUGUCAUUCUCAGAGCUUCGCUUGGACUUCAUCUUUCCCAGUUGACUUCUUCAGAGAAUGUCCACUUCAUGGCCUUUAAGACCUUGUAUAAGCCCUGUACAGAAUUAUAGCUCUCCUUCAUGACUCUCUCUCCCUGCCUCCUCUGUGUUUGUGCUUUUAUUUGUAGAUUGGGGACAGAUGGAGCUGCUUGGGUUGUUAAGGUGACAAGUUGCACCUGGGUUGGGGAUCAACUAAGACAGAAACGUUCCUGGUGCCCACUACUGGCUCUCUCUCUCCACAAGCACCAUUUUGUUUUGUGAUCUGAUUGAUAUGUUUUUUGAUUAGGUGCACCCUUCAACAUUUAACCUUCAUCCAUGCAUCCCUCCCUUCAUCCAUACACCCCUCACAUGCCUACUUUCACACUUCACAGGUCAGUUUUCCUUUGAAGUUUUAUACUUUUUUAGUUAUUUAAUAAAUAUUUUUGUUACUCCUUAACUGCAAACGUGUGGACUCCCUUGUGUGUCACCAUCUAAGAGCCAGGUUGUGACAUUCAGUAGAGGUUACUCACUCACCACCCCCUGAGCAAAUGUUUCUGCCAGUUUGUCCAUUGUACAUAUUUUUCUGUGUCAGAUUAACCUCACCACUAUCAUGAGUGGGUUCAAUAGAUUCCUAGGGUAAAGAAGGUGCUGUUUAUGUUGAGUCCUUCCUAAGGCGUCAUGAGAAUUCAAGCAGAUGCAAAGCACAAAAGCAAUCUUACUUCCUCUGAUAUCCAUGUUGACUGAAUGUGUCAUGACUUCCGCCGAAGUUGGUUCCUCUCCUUGUUCUGGCGGCGGUCACCGGCUUUCUAGCUGCCACCGAUCCACUUUUCUUUUUCCAUUUGUUAUGUCUUGAUUGUACACACUUGGUUCCCAUUACAUUAUUAUUUCCCUAAUUAACCAUCUGGUUCUCAUUAUGUUUUGUGCGUGAUUGUUUCUGGUUUUGUGUUAGGGUUUGUUAUCCCUGCAUGGAUUUAUUGUUUGAUUAUUUUUCAGGGUAAAGUACAUUGUUUUA